GGUUUUCAAUGUCACAUCGAUUGCAUGAAUUCUGUCGUUUCAUAAAACGUCACAUUUUAUUCAACAGCAUUAUUUUGUUUCAAACGGCACGCCGUAGUUUUUAUUCACACUAAAAUUUUAAAAAAAUCUGCACAGAAAAUCCAACAAAUUGCAUUUGACUCCAUCAUAAUCGGCGAAUAGUUGAAGUCAAUAAAGAGUUUACCGUUUUAAAACACAAGAGGAGAACAAAAAAAUUUUGGUGACGAAAAAAAAUACGAUGGCAAAACGGCGACCCGAUCAACAGUUAACACAGAAUAAUUGGGAUGAAGAGCUUGAGAGAGACGAAGUCGGUCAAUUUCAGAAGGCCGACGAAAGUGAAAUGAAACAACGUGUGAUUCGUGUGGCAAAGCGACGUAUUCGUUCGGACGAAACGGAUGGCAAUGAAUCGAGCGCAAAACCGGUGUCAGUAUUUUCUGGUUUCUCAUUGCUUUCAAAUAAAUCAUCGACACUCGGUAGCGAUGCAGCACCAUCCAAACCGAUGUUCAGUUUUGGUAGUAGUUUUUCAUCGCAACCACCGGCGGCCAGUGCUCCAUUCAGUGCAUCUUCAAGCGUUACAACACCAUCGUUUGGUGGUCAACUGAAAGUCGAUGAUAGCAAAUCGUCGGAAUUCGUAACGAAACUCAAGGAAUUGAACGAUGCGGUGUUGAGCUGCAUCAAAGGUCACAUUGAAAGUGGCCAAGCGUGCAUUCUUACGCCAAUUUUCAAGGAUUACGAGAAAUACGUGAAAGAGUUGGAAGGCAAGAACAAAAAUGCUACAGCAGAAUCGCCGGCCAAAACAAAUCAUGCAAACAGUACAGCCAGCACAGCUCCAACGGCAUCGUUUUCGUUUUCAUUCAACGUGCCCAAACCCACAACGACCGCUGAUGCAGAAAGUACGACCGCCAGCAUCGCUGCAUCUUCAAUUGUUGUGGCGCCAACGCAAAGCUCAUCGGCCACUCCAAUGUUUUCGUUUGGUAAGCCAUCAACCACAUUUGGCACGGGAUCGUCUGGUUUCUCAUUUUCGAGCGCAAUUCAAACAACGAAACCGGCUGAGAGUGACAAGAAAACGGACGGCGGUACAAAUGGCAACACAGAAAAUGCCGAAGACGAAGAUGAUGAGCCACCGAAGGUGGAGUACAAGCCAGUCGUUGAAGAUGAAAGCUUCUAUUCGAAGCGAUGCAAGGUGUUUGUUAAGGAUGCCGGUGAUUACAAGGAUCGUGGCACUGGUACAUUGUAUCUAAAGAAUGUGAAGGACGAUAAGGUGCAGCUGAUUGUUCGUGCCGAUACGAAUUUGGGCAACAUUUUACUUAAUAUUCUACUGUCAUCAGCCAGUCCCGCCAAACAACUCAAAAAUAACGUCGUACUCGUGUGUAUACCAACACCAGAAUCCGAACCCAAACCCAAGUCUGUCUUGAUUCGUGUCAAAACCCAAGAUGAUGCCAAGGAAUUACUCGAAGAAAUUGAAAAACAUCAAUAAUUGAAAUGGAAAAAAAACAACAAAACAAACAGAAAAAUGAUCGUUGUUACAAAAAUCCUCAUACCAUUUUCAUUAGAUUUUUUCCUCUUUUAAACUGAGUUUUGAUGAAAAACACAAAUUACGUUCUUGUUAAAUGAAAUAAAAAUAAAUGAAGAAAAAAAAAUCCACAUUGAAAUAAAAACUCAAGUCAAGAAUAGUUUACUGCAAA